CUCCAUCACCAGAUCAAAUUGCAACGCCUGCACGCCUGACCACCAGCCAAUAUAAUGUACAGCAGUUUACGUACAUGAUGAAAGCAUACACAUUAGAUAUUUCGUCUACAGCCUAAGCGUCCUUUCUGCAAGAUGGAGACUUCACGGAUACCGCAACUCCAGUCAAUUGCCCUCAAAUCACGGCCUAUUUCACCACUAGCAAUCUCUUGGUCAUGUGAUGCUGAACUCGCCAUAGCUACUGAUGACGGUAUUUACAUCUACCUGCCAGUCUACCCCAACUUCAACGACGCGACGCACACCAACCCAGAUGCACUUCCACCGCAGCUAUCACUCUCCCUGCAAACAACAGCUGUAUUUAAACCAAAUCCAGCAAUCAAUGCAAAGCUAUGCGCGUUUGCUGGGGCCGCCGUGCCGACUCUAGGCGCCGAGAGCAAGGGUAACUCAGGCCCUAUUGCGGAAGACCUGAUAUCGGCGUCGGCGUCGGCGAUUGGCCAGGCUGCCAAGGUCGAAUGGUCCCCAAACAUGCUUGGGUUUAACAGGCGCCCAGUAUUGGCGGUGCUAACAACCCACGGCGAACUUAUUGUGGUUGGGGAGGACGCCACGGAUGCGGAUACUCUUGGAGCUACGCAACGAACGCGAAACUUCAAAAACUGGAAGCUUCUCUGGGGAAUUGGGCCCAACAUGCCCCUCCCGGUGCAAGUUCCAGGAGUUGCAACAAAACUUCAAACUACAGAUGAGCGUAUAGUGUCGUUCGCCUGGGCCAAGGAGACCACGCCGGGUACAGCGUUGCUCGCUGUGCUCACUCAUUUAGACGAUGUCGUCGCGUUUUCCGUACAACUCACCUCCAGUGCUCAUGAGCCCCAAAAGAAUGGAUGGCGAGUAGAUGAAGUGGUCCGUUUUAAGGCUGAUGGACCACACGAAAAACGUGACGAGUUCGACGUGGACUUUGUCCCCUCACAGACUGCUUUCUCUCUGAGCUGGAGCCCUUGGGUGCCGCUCCCAAACGGAGGGCAAAGCAGCACAUUAUCAUACACUGCCAACAAUUACAUUGGAUUUCGUAGAGUCACAAUCACCACCCCGUUUGAAAACGGCCAAGUUGCCCCAGUGGAGAUAGAAUCUCAUGACACUCUAAGCAUAUGCCUCCAUUUGCAUCCCAACGCGUUUGUAACUUGGGAAAACGCGAUCUGGCCACAGAAAGACUACCUCAUCGCCCGUGGAAUAAUAUGCACACCCUUUGUAUCAAAACCUUUUCAGGUAGCCCUUACUGGCCCUGUCGGAGAGCCAUUUCAGCCCCAUGAUACCGAGACUUGCGCUACCACAUAUAGCCCCGAGGAUGAAGAUUAUACAAACCCCAUUACAGGUCUCAUUAUACACCAGCCUAAUCCAUCAAAAAAGCCAGACGCGCCCGUAUAUACACUCGUGCGACUCUCAGCCACCGCCUCAAAUGAUGAUUGGUUUGAAACGACGCUGAAUGAGGACUUCCCCGUACCGCAAUGGGCCGAAGAUAUUAGCCAGCGUGUCUCGCGGCGAGUAGCGCGCUCAACAGCCCUUCAAGACCAGGACUCUGACUCAGAUUCUGAAGAGGACGACGGUAAUCGUACAGAUGUCGAUGCAGUAGAGGUUGAUGAACGAGAAAGUCAGGUCUAUCCUCACAUGUAUCGAUUCUGGGGUCUUGCGUCAUCGCCUGGCGAUGGAACAACGGUUGUCUUGGUAUCCCGUCAUAAAACACAACAUGCGGACCGAAAAGGCUUGUCGAAACUCCAAUUUGGCUGGUAUGUUGCUGAAGAAAAUUCACCGGUACAGCCUAAACUCCCCAUGGCAACUACGCUUUCGACCGAAGCAAAACUUUGGGAAUGGAUGUACGGAAAUGGCGAAGGUGUACCUGGUACGGGCACACUCGAUGAAGCAAACGACCAGCCGGCUACAAGUAAGCUCAAGAGUCAGUUUAAGAGUGCUCUUGAGCAUUCAAAAUGCACGUUUUGUGACGAGAAGCUGGAAAUCAAAGAUGACAAUGCGAUUUGUGUCAACCGUCACGCCUUUAUCCUUUGCGUUUCAUCCGGUUUACCCAUAAUGGCACCGGGGACGUCCCGGCUCUGUGCUGUAUGUAAAUCACGUUGUUUGAUGCCAUCUGAGUUGGAACGAAUCGCCAAGGAAUACCUCAAAUCCGACAGAGGGUUAGACAUGGUUAACGAGCUUUGUGGUGGUUGUAAGGGCAAAUUUGUGAUGUGAUGAGAGCUACGAGAAAGUUUUAUAAAUGUAUGAAUGAAUGAAUUA